AUAUCCAAUCGAAGCUACUAGAAGAAGGGAAGGGAGUCCCAUUGCGUCGUAGGCUACACUUUAGUGUAUACACACUUGUUACGGCGGUCGCCUCUUCACUCCACUUUAGUCUUAUCAAGUAGAGCGUAAAACCUAGACAUUUUCCAUUAAUCUCCUCCUCGUCGGCACAACAAUGGACGCAACUAAACUCAGUGAGCUCAAGAUUUUCAUCGAACAGUGCAAAUCUAACCCUUCUCUCCUCUCCGAUCCUUCCCUUUCCUUCUUCCGCGACUACCUCGAAAGUCUCGGUGCUAACCUGCCGUCUUCUGCUAAAUCGAAAAGCUAUGUGGUAGAAGAGAGUGAUGAUGAAAUUGAGGAGCCGGAAGUGCCUCAAGCAGAACCUGAGGAGGAGGAGGAAGAAGAGGAAGAAAUAAUUGAAUCGGAUAUUGAGCUUGAAGGCGAUAUUGUGGAGCCUGAUAAUGAUCCUCCUCAGAAAAUGGGAGACUCGUCUGUUGAGGUUACCGAUGAGAAUCGCGAAGCUUCCCAAGAGUUUAAGGCUAAAGCCAUGGAAGCCAUCUCUGAGGGUAAAUUGGAGGAAGCUAUUGACCAUUUAUCGGAGGCGAUUACACUCAAUCCCACUUCAGCAAUCAUGUAUGCUACUAGAGCUAGUGUUUACAUCAAGAUGAAGAAACCUAAUGCUGCCAUACGUGAUGCGGAUGCAGCCCUUGAGAUUAACCCAGAUUCAGCUAAGGGUUACAAGACUCGAGGUAUAGCACGAUCAAUGCUUGGUCAGUGGAAAGAAGCUGCCAAGGAUCUUCAUGUUGCGUCUAACUUGGAUUAUGAUGAGGAAAUAAGUGCUGUUCUCAAGAAGGUUGAACCUAAUGCACAUAGGAUUGAGGAGCAUCGUAGGAAGUAUGAAAGGCUUUCCAAAGAGAGAGAGGACAGAAAGAAUGAACGAGAGAGACGACGUAGACGUGCUAAAGCUCAGGCUGAGUAUGAGAGGGCAAAGAAGCAAGAGGAAUCAUCUUCCAGCAGAAGACCUGGAGGUAUGCCUGGUGGAUUCCCUGGUGGUAUGCCUGGUGGAUUCCCUGGCGGUAUGCCUGGUGGAUUUCCUGGCGGUAUGCCUGGUGGAUUUCCUGGUGGUAUGCCUGGUGGAUUUCCUGCUGGAAUGGGUGGAUUUUCCGGUGGUAUGCCUGGUGGAUUUCCUGCUGGAAUGGGUGGAUUUCCCGGUGGUAUGCCCGGAGGAUCCCCAGGUGGUAUGCCCGGAGGGACGCCGGGAGGAGCGCCUGGAGGGAUGCCAGGAAACGUUGAUUUCAGUAAAAUCUUGAAUGAUCCUGAACUCAUGGCUGCAUUUAGCGAUCCUGAAAUCAUGGCUGCACUUCAAGAUGUAAUGAAGAACCCUGCAAAUUUCGCUAAGCAUCAAGGAAAUCCCAAGGUUGCCCCUGUAAUUGCCAAGAUGAUGAGCAAAUUCGGUGGUUCGGGUGGGGGUCCAGGUGCAGGCCCAAUAUAAACAGUCUGCAAAGUUGAGAUCAUGCGAAAGAGAAUUUUGUGCUGUUCUUGUGUUACAGCUUGAUACUUGUGCAGUUCUUUGUCAGGUACUUAUUUUAUUAACCAGCAUUUUCUGGGUUCGGCUGUGAAGUGUUUGUGAGAAUUUUAGUCUUGUAAGUGCAUCUAUUUAUUUGAUGAAAUUUCUAGAAGUGA